UCUUAAGUUGCAUUUCACACUUAGUAUCGACACGUCGGAGAGUUUGUUAGUUAAGUUACUGUAUAUUUUCUAUUACAGUGGCUGUAAGACUGUGUCUUAUAAAAACUAGUAAAUGUUUGAAAUUUUUUAAAAGUGUUUUUGUUUAUUUUCAAACGGGUUUUUUAAAAAUAAGACAUACAUAAAAAUGAAGUUAUUUUGCCAUUUUAACGAAGCCAAUUUACGAGAAAAAUUGAUAAAAAUGAACGCUUCUCAGGCGUCUAUUGAUGCGUUAUACAAGUAUAUUGUACACCAUAAACAAAAAACAAAAUUGAUUAUCGGUGUUUGGGGGAGUGAGAUGUACAAAGCGAGACCGUGUCAAAAAUUAUACUACAUGUUAUUGGCGAAUAAAAUAAUUCAAGAUGCAGAGCAAUGUGCUCCGGAACUUGUUGCUGCAUUUAAAAGAUGUCUGCUGCCGAUAUUUUACCAUUUGAAAAAUUCGAGAGAAGAUGAGUACUUUAGAAAUGGAAUAUCUGUGAUAUUGAGAGGCUGGGCUGCGAAAGGAAUUUGUGAUGAUGUCUUGAGUGCAUGUAAAGUUAUUUUUAAUGAUCUACAUAUCAGUGGACGAUAGAUAAUUUCUAUUUUUUUUACAUGCAUGAUUUUAUUAUUGAUGUGACUCAAUAAAUUUUUAAUUGACAAUUUAAUUUAAAUCGAACUCUUAAAUAACUGUACUAGUUUCUAAUGACUUUUUAUUUUUUCGAACAAAAAUUCACUCUUUUAAUAUUGGUAUUUAUAUUUAACAAUUUUAUAUUAAUGCAUAUUUAUUCACUAAAUGAAAGAAGCAAUGAAUGAUUGAAAAU